AUGGUAGGAGCUGUGAUAUUCCUUUUCAUUUACUGUCUGCCGCAAGGGGCCGUGUGUCAGGAGUUUGAGGUCACUAUUCCACAAUCAAUACAGGUUCUUAGUGGAUCCUGCAAAUCAUUUGUUGUCUCCCCACCAGAUGAUCCUCCCACACCGACUCUGACUCCACCCACAGUGAGGGGGGUGGAGGGAACCUCAGUGAGUGUGAAGUGUUCUGCUCCAGCUCCCUGUCUGUCUCUUCCUCCAGCUCUCACAUGGACCCCCCACCUGGGUGACAGUCAUGAGACACUGCAGGAGAAUCAGGACAAAACGAAAGUCAAAAUCUCCACUCUGACCUUCAAUGCAUCUCACCUCCAUCACAGACAGAACAUCUCCUGUACUGCCGUGUACACAAAACAAGAUGGCAGCACUGAGUCAUCUGCUACUACAAGUUUAACAGCUGAUAUUUCAUUUGUUCCACAGAUCCUGCCCUCAUCUUACUGCACCAAAACUGCAGAGCAGCUCAACUGUUCCUGUGAGACUGUGGGAAAUCCUUCUCCUACAUUACAGUGGUAUUUGAAUGGGUUGCCUGUCAAUCAGUCGGACAGGUUUGCAAUCCACAGUCAGCCUCUAAACCCUACAGGUCUGAGGAGCAUCAUCUCUGUGAAUCAGCCACAGCUGAGGGAUCUUUCCACCUUGUCCUGCCGCAGCUCCAACUCUUUGGGAUCUGCUGCUCAGCAAUUUUGUAUCAACAGCCUCCAGUCUGCAGAAAAUCAUGCAUGUUUAGGUCGAUUUAUGCUGCCGAUCAUCAUCUUCACAGCCCUUGCUCUAACAGCAGCCAUAACAUGUACUUCUCUACUUAUUGCUAUCAGGGUUCAAUGGUCUGGCUGCCAUAACUCUAUGAAGAGUCAGCGCACAGGUGACACCAACACAGCUGUGAUAAGUCAAGGACUGAAAAGUGAAGAAGGAAAUAAGGUGUCUACCACAUCAGAAGAAGAUAUAUAUGUGAACACCAAUGCAAUCAGAGAGUCAGAUAAAGCAGAAACUCAUUUAGGACAUCAACAUGUGGCCAGUAAAAGCUCAAAAAAGAAGAACGAGGGAGGCAGUGAUGUGAUUUACUCCAGUGUGAUCUGGGUUACCAACAGCAAGGAGAAGGGUCAACGCCCUGAGGAUAGGAAUCCGCCUGGUAGCUCCCACCUUGAGGACGAGAGGUGCAGGGCGGCAGGGAGAAAUUUUGUGAGCAACGCAAUGGAGAUGGGGAGUCUGUAUGACAAUAUUGUGACUGACAAAGAGGCCAAGAAGGCAGACUAUAAUGAAUAUUCCCAGGUUAAAUUUAGAGACAAAAAUAUGAUGCACAAAUGAAUCUUGCUCCCUGCGACUGACUGGCGACCAGUCCAGGGUGAAACCUGCCUCUCGCCUGUAGUCAGCUGGGAUAGGCUCCAGCUCCCCCGCAACCCUGAUGGAUAAGCAGUAUAGAAAAUGGAUGGAUGGAUGAUGUAUUGGAUUACAGUAUUUUGUCAGUGUUUAUUUCCUUGCUGUUGGAAAAUGUAAACUGCUCUGCAAACUAAUCAGCACCUCUCUGAUCAUCUCACUAAAAUGACAAAUAUAAAUGUCAUAAGAGAUAUAAAUCAUUUUGAAAUAUUCAAUAAAGCAUCGGUGUUAAUGUUAUUGUGUUUUCCCUUUCUAUGAGACAGUGGCAGUUAAUCACAGU